AUGGAGCAGGUGAGCAGGCCCACAAGUCCGGCCUUAAGGCUUAAGGCUUGCCUAAAGGGCAGGCCUACAAAAAGUCCGAGUUCCCACAGUACGAAGAAGCAGCCCGGCUGUCCAGAAGCUUCACGCCUGCUCGAGCCACAAGAGUUUUCACAAUCCACAACUUCAAUUUUGGUUCCCGCGGCGCUUUCAAGAUGCAUCUCAAGGAGCACGUGGCCACAGCCAGACCUCUCAAAGCCACUGUCGGCCUGUCAGCUUGGUCAUGGCCCAUGCCCGCGGCUGGCGAUGCAGGUGAGCGUGGAUGCCGGCGACCUGCCGCCGGAGCUGCUGCUGUCGGUGCGGGUGGGGAAUCUCCGGCGUCAGGCGACUGUGGCGGCCCUGCAAAAGCGGCCACUCAGGUUCCCAGAAGAGUGGUGUGUCGGGAAGACCCUGAAGCUGGAGUUGCUGCAGCAGGUAGGCAGCGAAGUGGUGGUUUGUUCCCACGAGGAAUCCUACCGCGUCGACUUCGAAGCAGGACAGCUUGCCCUGACCGUGAGUCCGGAGAGCGGCUCCGACCACGACCACGACGCGGUCAGUGAUGGGAAGUUCGACGUCGACGGCUUGCCUCAGAUAAGGAGACAGGAUGCGGCUGCCAGUGCCAAAGAGUACUUGGAGAAGCAUGAGCUGCUGCCUUAUCUGCAAGGCCUCCUCGAGACGGUGUGCAAGGAGAAGCCGGCCAACCCCUACCGCUUCCUGUGGCGACAGCUUGGCCUGGCGGAGACGAAGGCACCUCACGGCCCUGGCGGUGGCGAGGCUUUGGAGCUCCUCGCCACGCGCCCCGGCACUCCGCUCUGUGCCGAGCUCGAAGGGAGCCGAUCCGCAACGCCGCUGCCACCGCCUCUGUGCCCGACUUCCGAGGAGGCCGGCACUGAUGGGUGUGUGGCGUCUGCAGAGGGCCUCGCGCUGCCGGAGCCACUGAAGAGCGAGAUCCAGGAGGCUCUCGAGGCUUCCGAAUCGCACCUGCAGUGGCUGCACGAGGUGGCGGGCGUGGAGGACUUCGAAAAUCUGCGACUUCAAGCACUCGCACUCUUUCAGAGUUCCAUUCAAGCGGGCACUCUGGAGGAGGUCUUGCAAGGCCGGAGCGAUUCCGAGAAGGGUACCGAGAUGCUGCGAGGGCUGUUGCGCGAGGCUCUUGGCCGCUCCGCAGUGGAGGGCUCACUGCCAGCCCUGCUUUCUGAGGAGACGGGCUUGGAAUCGAGCGGCAUCGGGCUGGGCCUCUCGCCGGUUCCUCCACUAGGCGCCAAGCCGCCGGUUGCGAGACCCAGGCCGCACUUCAAGGAUGCGAGCCCAUCAGAGGAUGCCAGCGCGUGUCGAAUCCUCACUCAGCGAAUCCUUUGCCGCACGGCAUCCCGUGUGUACAAAGCAAGUGCCGAAGCGCCGCCGGAGCUGGCGCGGCGGGAGGCUGGCAUGCUGCGGCAAUCCGUGGCAUGUGGCAUGCUUGAGCAAUGGCAGCCAUGGUUCAUGUUGCAACAGGAUGCGGGUCCUGGCACAUCCGACCACUCGUCCAAGGUUGUGUACGAGGAUGCCAGCGCGUGUCGAAUCCUCACUCAGCGAAUCCUUUGCCGCACGGCAUCCCGCGUGUACAAGGUAAGUGGCGAAGCGCCGCCGGAGCUGGAUGCGGGUUCUGGCCCAUCCGACCACUUGUCCAAGGUUGUGUACGAGGAUGCCAGCGCGUGUCGAAUCCUCACUCAGCGAAUCCUUUGCCGCACGGCAUCCCGCGUGUACAAAGUCAGUGCCGAAGCGCCGCCGGAGCUGGCGCGGCGUCAGGAUGCGGGUCCUGGCACAUCCGACCACUCGUCCAAGGUUGUGUACGAGGAUGCCAGCGCGUGUCGAAUCCUCACUCAGCGAAUCCUUUGCCGCACGGCAUCCCGCGUGUACAAGGUAAGUGCCGAAGCGCCGCCGGAGCUGGCGCGGCGUGAGGAUGCGGGUUCUGGCACAUCCGACCACUCGUCCAAGGUUGUGUACGAGGAUGCCAGCGCGUGUCGAAUCCUCACUCAGCGAAUCCUUUGCCGCACGGCAUCCCGCGUGUGCAAAGCAAGUGCCGAAGGGCCGCCGGAGCUGUCGCGGCAUGAGGAGCCCGCCACGGCUGCCAAGGACCGAAUGCGCACCGGUUUCUUUCCAGAGGCCGAGGGCGUGUCCGGCGCGUCCGAAGCGAAAGCAAAGCGCUUGAUGGAGCUGCGGCGCAGCUUCUCGGCCUUGAAGCAAAGCCACGGCCUCCUCCAAAGAAAGGUCAGCAAGAUUUCCAGAGCUGCUGAUGAGGUGCGACGGAAUACCGACCAAGCAGUGCAGCUGCUGAGCCCGAAGUGA